GAGCUGCCGCGAGUAAUCUGGAUGUGGCGGUUGUUUCAGUAUGGCGUCUGUUGCUGAGGGAGCAAAUGGCAAUGGAUUUUACUGGAUUCAUGACAAAUCAGAUGAAGAGCAGCCCAUGGCUUUAUUUACAGGGAUGAGCAAGAAUGCUGGUCUAAAGGUUGGGUCUGCAAAUAAUACAGAGGGGAAGAUAAGAAGAGCCAGCAGCGUGGAUAAAAGUAGGAAAAAAACUGGAUUGAAUCCGGCUGUGCAAAGUGCUGAGGGUAAAGCUUCAGAUCAGAAGCUGCCGCCUUUUGUAGCCAAAUCCAAAAUCACUACGCCUGGACCAGAACCGGACCCGCCUUCUCUCAGUUUAGCUCAGCCUCCCUUCAGCGCUGCUCAAGCCAAAAGUAAGCCAUCACUGAGGGAUCUCUGCCCAGAGGACAAGCGUCGGAUUGCCAAUCUCAUCCAGGAGCUGGCCAGAGUUAGUGAAGAAAAAGAGGAGUCUGUACAGAAACUCAGGGAUGAACAGGAGACAUUUGAGAAAAAAAUUCAACAGCUAGAGCAACAAAACCAACUCAUCGUACAAGAGAGAGAAAGCCUGCAGCAGCAGUACCGAGAGUGUCAGGAGCUGCUGGGACUCUAUCAGCAAUACCUCUCCCAACAGCAAGAGAAACUCAACAAGUCUAUCACCCUGCUCAAUCAGUCCUGCUCCCACAGCAAGAUUCCCAGCAGCGAGGAGGAAGCCAGGAGGUCUUGGGGUGGAAGAGGAACUGCUUUAGAUGGAUCUUACUUGGACCUCCAUUUAUCGGGAAGCAGAACUGAUAGAUUCUCAACGGGACCGUUCAGUGCACCCUCCAGCAGCGACCAGAACCGCAAAAUCCAUGACAGGCACAACAAUCACAAUUCUGAAGGUGGACAUGGCAAUCACAGCUUCUCCAACAGGGAUCCUGCAGCCUGUGAUGCCCUGAGGCUGCAUAGCACCUCCGAACCCAAGUGCUCUCAUCAGUGCCCCAGAAUGGAAAAUUAUGGUUUGUGUGGUGCUAUUCGAACUGGAAUAGCACCACUGUCUGGUCAGGAGAACUGGGAGGAGAAACGACGAUGUCUCCUUCUGCAGAAGAAACAGCUGGAGAUGGAGAGGGAGAGAAUUCAAGCUCGGUUGGCUCAACAGGAAGAGAAACUUUUGCUCCAGAACAAGCAACUCCGCCAGUCAUACCUUCAGUACAGCAAACUUCAGCAGGCAACCACAACAGACUUUGAGAGACCUCUAAAUGGAGACAGCAGUUUUAAUGAGGGUCAACAAGCCAGACUUGUAAUGGAUCAGUUGACAUGCAGAAGUGAAAUAAAAGAAGGAGAGCCUGACACUUUGCAGGGAAAUGUUCAACAUCAAUUAAGUAACGUACAGUCACAGCAACACACAUCAAGUACUGAACAGUCUGCAUCCAAGAUUUCACAAGAUAUCUCUAUCACCAAGAAGGAUAUGGCCACCUCUCCUGUGGUUACACAAAGCUUCCGGACAUUUGCUCUUCCCAAAAUUCCUCCUCUUGGCCUUCCUAGCACUCCAAAGGCUUCGAGGCAUCUUGAACUCUGUUCCCAACCCCUACUGAUCCGUUGAGUGAACAGAUAGCGUUUGGGAUUAGCAAACCUCCUCUUAAGUGAUAUUAAUGUCUCAUGGUCAUUCACCAGUGGACCUUGUGAAAAGCAAUGAAAGCGUUUGGGUAAAUAUGACUGCCAAACACAUUAGCAUUCUCUCCGGCAAUUUCCUCCUACCAACGCCCUAACAUCCCCUUCCCCCGCCCAAACUACACCUACCCCUUUCCUUGUUAUAGAUUGUGACCGGCGGUAAGAAAUGCAUUAUUCAUAUCGGCAAUGUCGUUCGUUGAUGGAUGGCUGUUUGAGAGGCCUGUCCGUUAAAUAAAUCAACAAAUAAAAAUGCUAAUUCUCACAUUUCAAGAGGGAGCCUUGCCAAAGUCCCACCCCAUCAGCCAUCCACCCUUAGUGUAAGCUCUCCUUCUCUUUCCCUCUGAUGCAAAUGUGCAAAAGAAUUGUCUGAUGGCAAUCGAUUGUCAUUCGCCAAAAUGACCAAAAUGAGAUUCCCGGUUGGACAUAACUAUCAUUGUUAUAGGACUGGAAGUAUAUGCAACCUAGAUUCAAGUUUCAGGCUUAAAAGCAAAAGAACAUUAAGCAGCUUGAUCCAUUGCGAUGUCAUGAAAUAUUUGUAACAGUUUUUAUAAUGUGAGUGAAUAUGUAAAGUUGUGUACUGACGUUUAGCGAUCAAGUCUUCUUCUCCAACGGUCUUGUGACUGGAUUUGUAAUCGCUAGCAAAAGAAACAAACCUGAUAAAGAGUGAUAAAGUCUUUUAAUUAUUAAGAUAAUUAUUGUACCGUAAUGCUUUACCGCAAAGUCAUUUCAUUAAGAAAACUCAGUUUAUAUAGCAACAUCAAAUAAACGCGUAUACUCAGAAAUAUUCUGUGUAAAAUUGCAGGAGUGAAAUGAGAUGUUCCUGAUUAUGAAUGGAUGACUGAAAUAUAGGUUGACAAGUUAACAGUGCAAAAACACUGUUAAUCUGCUAGAACAGUUUUUUGCUGUUGCUAAAAUGCAGUUGGAUUCAAGUAUUCAAAAUCUUCAAUGUAUUUUUAACUUAAUAGGGCUGCAUCUGUAAGUUUCUGAAAAAGAGAAGGACUGAAAUAAGUUGAAGUACUACAUUUCUUGAUAUUUCUCGAAAUUGAUACGGAUAUGGAGUUGCUGCCUAUGUAGAUUGUUUCAGAUCUGUCCCUUGUGUAGAAACUCUCAUGCAGACAGUAGAUAGCAUGGCAGCUGUCUAGGGUUCGGACCAGCUCUCUUGUGUUUGUCUAUGGCAGUGUGCAGGACAGCCAGUAUAGUAAGUUUGUUAAUGUUGAAUGGUUGCUGCCUUCAGAGUUCAGGGUCAGAACGUAACAGCAGUUAACAAACUGUCCUGGGUCCAGGUGGUCUGUCUGAGGACCAGCUUUUCAAGAGGUCCUCACAAUGUGUGAAGUGAGAUCAACUGGUCUGUAGUCCUCAGGGAACUGGGGGUUUCCGAUCUUUGGCAGUGGAACAAUGCCGGAUGUCUUCCAGAGCUAGGGCACCUUCAUCAGUCCCAGCGUGACGGAGAACAGGUGCUCAGGAACCCCACCGCGCUGGCUGUGUGAACAUGUGUUCAACACUCAGGGGAUCAAUCCUUCAGCCUCAAAACUCAUCUUUACCUGUGCAGAGAUUCCCCAGUUCGCUCAGUCCUCACCUGGUCAACAGAAAUAGACAGUUGAAGGAUAGGAAGUGUAGACAUGAUUUAGAUUUUAAGAGGUAGUUUACCUAAAAGUGAAGAGCCUGUGGCCAUUGUUUCAAAUCCGUAGUAAGAAUGCUUUGGCUGCAUUGUUUCUCGUAAUUAAUUUUUUUUUGUUUGGCAAAUGUCAAAAUUUACCACAUGUAGGGUUUAAUAAAUGUUCGUUGACAAAUUCCAGUUAUUUUGUGUGAUAGUGAAAUAGUUAUAUACACUGAUUGCACAAUGGGUUCAGUUUAGUAGAUUUGCAGCACUGAUUG